CGCCUCUUGCUGGCCGUGCUUUACGGCCGUGUCAGUAGUUCGCGACCGCGGCCCUCAGCGCUGUGCGGGCGCCAUGGCCGGGGCCAAGCGGGAGCUGCACGGUGAGGAGGAGGAGGAGGAAGAAGAGGAAGAAAAGGAGGACGAAGAGGAGGAAAAGGAAGAAAAGGAGGAAGAAGAGGAAGAAAAAGAGGAAGAAGAGGAUGCUGAGCCCCCCUGCCAGCCGCCCCCGAAGCCGGUGGUCCCGGGGGUUCUGUACCUGUCCUUCCUCCCGCCGGGCUUCGGGCCCCGCCAGGCGCGGGCGCUGCUGCGGCCGCACGGGGAGCUGGGCAGGGUGUUCCUGCAGCCCCGCGGGGGCUCCGUGCGGCGCCGCCGGCAGCGCCCGGGCGGGUCCCCGGCCGCCUUCGCCGAGGGCUGGGUGGAGUUCCGGGACAAACGCGCCGCCAAACGCGCGGCCAAGCUCCUGCACGGCGCCCCCAUGGCCCCCCGGCCCCGCAGCCCCUUCCGCCACCACUGCUGGAGCAUCAAGUACCUGCCCGGGUUCCGGUGGCCUCACCUGAGCGAGCGGCUCAGCUACGAGCGCCAGGUGAGGGCUCAGCGCCUGCGGGCCGAGGUGGCCCAGGCCAAACGUGAGGGGGGGUUCUACGCCCACCAAGCCUCCAAAAGCACCAAGACCCCUCCCCAAACCUCUGGAGACUCCCCUGCACCUCCCCCCACCUGGGGUUUCACCCAAAGAAAGACCGAGGAGGAAAUUUGGAAACGCAAAGCUCGGCCCCCCCCCUCUGCCCCCCCGCAGCGGCUGCUGGAGAAGGUGUUUGGGGCAGGGAGGUGAGACCCCCCCUCAAAUUUUGGGGAGGGGUCUCAGGUGUCUGGAAAAAUCUAUUUGCACAUCAGAACCUCCUCUGGACACUGAUCCCUUCCUCAAGGACCACAAAGUGUUUUAUUUUUCUCCUUUAAAACUUUUAUUUACUUUUAACAAAAAUAA